AUUCCUUCGAUCAUGGGCGUGCACGGGUGAAUGGCCAAUCGAGCGUUCUCCUCUUUGCUCCUUCUUGAGCCCUCACCCAACAUCUGCACCACCACAUCCUUCACCAGGCUUGCAUCCCGUCGCACCUCAUUUGCCGCCCUUUGAUCGCCGAGUCAUCUUUACACUGCUGCUGCAAGUCGGUGCUGUUCGCUUCUUCCAUCUCCACUUUUCGCGAGGGUCAAAGCACGACAACGCUGCAAACGCUUCGAGACGCAGCAACAGCCUUUGAGCAGCACGCACGCACUCGCAAGCUUGGCAGCAUCCAUCAGCUUCACACUCGUGCCGUCAGCUUUAUAUAGCAUCAGCUCCACCGCUCUUCGCUAGCCCAUCAUGCCUGGUAUGAAUCCGGGAGCCAAGUACGUGCCUUACAAGCCGUUGGACCUUCCCAACCGGUCGUGGCCCUCCAAAGUGCAACGCACAUCUCCCAUUUGGACAUCGGUCGAUCUCCGAGAUGGCAAUCAAGCGCUCAUCAAUCCCAUGAGCCAGGAGCAGAAGCUUGAAUUCUUCAAGAAGCUCGUCGACGUUGGCUUUCAAGAGAUCGAAGUGGCCUUCCCUUCCGCCAGCGACACCGACUUUGGCUUUGUGAGGAACAUCAUCGAGCAAGGACUCGUCCCCGACGACGUGUUCAUCCAAGUGCUCACCCCUGCAAGAGAGGAGCUGAUUCGCAGGACAUUCGAGUCCAUCAAGGGUGCCAAGAAUGUCAUUCUGCACAUGUACAAUGCCACAUCGCCCCUCUUCCGAGACGUCGUCUUUGGAAACAGUAGGGCAAAGACCAUCGACCUGGCAGUCAAGCACACAAAAAUCGUUCGCGAGCUGGUGGACGAGUACAGCAAGCCAGAGAACGGUGGGACCAAUUUCAAGUACGAAUACUCGCCAGAAACCUUUACUCAGACCGAAAUGGACUUUGCCGUCGAGAUUUGCGAGGCGGUUAGACAGACUUGGGGCAAAGCGAGCAAGCAGGAGCCCAUCAUCUUCAACCUGCCUGCGACCGUCGAGAUAGGCCCUCCAAACCACUACGCUGAUCAGAUUGAGUGGUUCUGCACCCAUGUCACCAAGCGGGAAGAGAUCAUCGUCUCUCUGCAUCCCCACAAUGAUCGAGGCUGCGCCGUAGCUGCGACCGAGCUAGGUCUUUUGGCUGGUGGUGACAGAGUGGAGGGCUGCCUCCUCGGAAAUGGAGAGCGCACAGGCAACGUGGACAUCGUGACGCUGGCUCUCAAUCUCUUUUGCCAAGGCGUCCGACCUGGGCCCCUCGAUCUCAGCGACUUGCAGAGCGUCAUCGAUACAGUCUCUGGAUGCAAUGACAUUCCUGUUCACCCUCGUCAUCCCUAUGCGGGAGAGCUUGUCUUUACAGCUUUCAGCGGCAGUCACCAAGAUGCCAUCAAGAAAGGCUUCGCCGCCCAGGACGCGAGGAAGAUCAAGGGCGACCCCAGUUGGAACAUUCCGUACCUACCCAUCGACCCCGCAGAUCUCGGCAUGACCUACGAAGCCAUCAUUCGGGUCAACAGCCAAUCCGGAAAGGGCGGAAUCGCGUAUCUCGUCGCGCAAGCUCUUGGCUUGGACCUGCCGCGUAGAAUGCAAGUCGCUUUCUAUCAAGUCAUUCAGCAGGUUGCGGAUAGGACGGGCAAGGAAAUGUCAUCGGACGACAUUACGCGAGCCUUUACGCAGACGUAUCACGUUCCUAGCAUCACUUCUGGACGCAACGAGGGCAGACUUGCGCUGCGUCAAUUCAAGCUGGAAGAUGAUGUUCCUCCAGAGUUGAAUGGUGAUGACAACCUCUCGCCCUCUAGCAGUCAAGUACUAGACCCGAGUUACGGCGCUCAAACGCCGCGCUAUCGCCGUUUCACCGGUGUCGUGCUGCGAGAUGGAAAGCCUCACAACGUCAGUGGAAAGGGCAACGGACCUCUUUCUGCCAUUCUCGAUGCUCUGGAGAGCGCAUUUGGUAUCCGAGCAAACAUUCGAGAAUACUCUGAGCACGCCGUCUCUAAGCCUGGCACCUUUUCGGCCAGCGCGUCGGAUCCGAAUGGCAAGAGGGAGACCAAAACGAGGGGACAAGCGGCUUCGUACGUGGAGCUGGUGGAUGCGGAUGUGGAGGAUGGACAAGGGGCAAAGAGGGCGCCUGGAUUUUGGGGCGUGGGAAUUGAUGUGGAUAUCACCACUUCGGGUCUUAGAGCCGUUGUUAGCGCCAUGUCUAACCUCAUUCAGCCCUCCGCGGUUAUUGAAGAGGCGACCAAGGCUGUCGAUGCUGCGGCUGCCAAGUGAUCCCCGCCUCCGCUCUCAUACGGAGUGGUGCAUCAUGCGCCCUCAAAAUGUACAUCUACCCAAAAUUAGUUGCUGCCGAUGCAAUCGAUCUCUCCUCGUCUCGGC